AUGGGGGAUCGAAUGGUUCCGCUGACCCCUCUCUCUCUUUUCCCAGCAUGCUACGGGAUCGUCCAGGUUCCCACCGGCCCCUGGUUCUGCAGGAAGUGUGAGUCUCAGGAGAGAGCGGCUCGAGUGAGAUGUGAACUCUGUCCCCACAAAGAUGGAGCUCUCAAGAGGACGGACAGCGGGGGCUGGGCCCACGUGGUCUGUGCUCUCUACAUCCCGGAGGUUCAGUUCGCCAACGUCCUCACGAUGGAGCCGAUUAUCCUGCAGUUCGUCCCGCACGACAGAUACAUCAAGACCUGCUACAUCUGCGAGGAUCACGGUCGUGAGAGCAAGGCGGCGAGCGGUGCCUGCAUGACCUGCAACCGUCAGGGCUGCAGACAGGCCUUCCACGUGACCUGCGCCCAGAUGGCCGGCCUGCUGUGCGAGGAAGAAGGUCCGGAGGCCGACAACGUCAAGUACUGCGGCUACUGCAAACACCACUACAACAAGAUGCAGAAGAAGCUUCGCUCCGGCGAGAGCAAGAGCUCCUUCGGACACUUCCGCGGGUCGAGCUCGCCGUCGGCGGAGAAGCAGCAUCACCACCACAAGCCCAGGAAGGUGAGGGACGAACCCGGGCCCCUGAUGGAGAGUCACAAGGAGAAGAUCCGUCCGAAGGAGCGACACAAGAAAUCCACGGAGAACCUGAACCUGAACCCCUCGGUGGCGCCGAGCGGCAUCGAAAAGGUCUCCAGUCACCACAGCAGCAGCAAGGACGGCGAAGGCAAGUCCAGGAAGCCGAGCUCCCACGGUCACGGCCACCGCAGCAAGAAGCCCGGCAGCUCUGGCAAGAGCUGCUCCUCGUCCUCCUGCUCGUCCAGCCCCUUCAACACAGGAGGCUCCGCCCCCCAGGACUUCCACCAGUUCUCGUCUUCGUCCCGGUUGGAGCGAGAGCACGACCGCGGUGACCGCGGUAGCGACAGAGGCGACCGUGGUAGCGAUCGAGGUGACCGUGGUAGCGACCGCGGUGACCGCAGUGACGACCACAGCGGCGAGGAGCGCAAGGCGCGGCACCGGAGGCCCGCCGUGCACGAAGAAGAGGAGGAAGAGGAGGAGGAGAAAGACGAGGAGAAGGAGGAGGAGGAAGAAGAGGAGGAAGAGGAGGAGGAGUACCACAAGCCCCCGGCGCUGACGCCGGCCGACGCCCCGCUAGCGGCGGCGGCGCAGAGCCACGAGCGGCCCGACGGCAGCUCCGCCCCCUUUGAGAACAAGGUCACCAUCUCCACCUUCGGCUCCAUCAUGCGCAUCACGUCCUCGUCGGGCCUCGUCGGUGCCAAGAUCCGCAAGAUCUGCAAGCCGUCGCCGCUGAGCGCGCCGCCUGUGCUGGAGGAGGCGGAGCUGAAGGACAAGGCCACGCCCCCUCCGCCCCUGCCGCCGCCCCCGCCCCGCGAGAGGCGUCACCGCGGCAACAAGAAGAGCCGGCACGGGCCGGGCCGCCCGCGGGGCAGCAAGAACCGGGACCGGCGGGAGGAGGAGCUCCGCCAGCAGGCCCCGCCCCCCCACCAGCAGGCCCCGCCCCCGGCGCUGUACCCAGGCUCCGCCCCCCACCCCGCCUUCCCCGCCCCCCUCCCCCCCAACUCCUCCGCUGGGGGGGGAGGUUUCUCUGCAGGACGGGCCGGAUCGCUGCUCGGUAUCUACUCCAGUCUGAAGGACCCCCUCACCCUGGGUGGGGGUGUGUGCAGCACCCCUCUCUCCCUGGGUGGGGGUGUGUGCAGCACCCCUCUCUCCCUGGGUGGGGGGGUGUGCAGCACCCCUCUCUCCCUGGGUGGGGGGGUGUGCAGCACCCCUCUCUCCCUAGGUGGGGGGGUGUGCAGCACCCCUCUCUCCCUAGGUGGGGGGGUGUGCAGCACCCCUCUCUCCCUAGGUGGGGGGGUGUGCAGCACCUCCCUGUCUCUGGGGGGGGGCAUGUGUAGCACCCCAAUGUCCUCAGGACCCCUGCAGUCCCACGUCUCCUCGCUGUCCCUGCCGUCCGUCAACGCCUCCAGCACACAGGUCCCCCCCGGCUCCUCCUCCUCCUACAGCUCGUCCACCCAGCCAUUCUCCAGCUGCUUGACCUCGGCCUCCAACCUACUGAGCCACCACGCCGCCCUGCCAGAGUCCGACCUGGACGACUGCCGGUUCCCGUGUCAGGGGACGUCGCCGCGGGAGAGUCUGUCCUCACAGUCUCCCAUGAGCUGCCUCCCCCUGCUGUUCGACCAGAGAGACGGGCUCGGCCCCGGGGCCCGGGCCCGACCCGAGAACGUCCCCGCCGCCAGCGCCCACAUCGAGCUGCUGCUGGAGAAACACGGCAACGGAGAGAUGGGCGUCAACAUCGUGGAGAUGCUGCAGUCGCUGCACUCGCUGCAGCAGGAGAACCAGCGUCUCCAGGACCAAAUCCUCAGCCUGUCGGCCAAGAAGGAGCGUCUGCAGAUGCUGAACUCGGAGCUGACCACGCCCUUCCACGGCCACGCCCUAUCAAGCCACGCCCCCCUGCACGCCCACAUCAGCUUCCUGUCGUCGUGUACAGACCCCCUGGGCUCCGGGAAGAGCCCCCUCCCCAAAGGCUUCCUGAAUGACGCCUCCUUCGUCACGUCGUCAGAGAAGCCUAAAUUCCCGUCCUCGUCUCCCCUGCAGGAGCUGCACUCCGGAUCUCCGUCCCGCAGCAGCUCCUCGCUGUCCUUCCAGAGCACGCCCACGCCGCAGCAGAGCCCCGCCCCCUUCGGCCCGCCGCUGCUGAACGGGCUGGGGGGCGGGGCCUCUGGGCUGGGGGGCGGGGCCCAGGCCGGAGGCCCCGCCCCCGGGCUGCCUCUCAUGGGCGGCAUCGUGGCGUCGCUGGCGGGAAGCCCUCAGCUGGCGGUGAACGGCAUGCUGGGAGGUCUGAACGGCGUGAUCCAGUCCCCGGGGCAGAACGCCGGCGCCGCGCUGCCGGCCCUGCGGCCGCAGCCGCCACCGCUCAACGCCGAGGCGCUGGCGCAGAGUUUCCAGCUGCCCAAGAGCCCGUCCUCUCUCCUCUCCGAGCAGCAGAAGCAGCUUCUACUUGAACAGCAGCAGCUCCAACAGUUUCUGGCCUCACAGAACUUCACUCCGGAGCAGCAGCUGCUGGUCUGCCAGAUCCUGCAGCAGCAGCAGAGGCAGCGGGAGCUGCAGCGCCUCACGCUGACGGGGGCGUUAGGCUCCUCCCCCACCUCGCCCCUGGGGGGCGGCGGCCUGCAAGGGGGGGGCGGCCUCUUCGCCCUGCAGGACAACAAUCUCCACAAGCCCGGGGCUGGAGAAAAGGGCGGAGACAAGAACGGGUGACAUUUCCCGGCAGCUUCCAGAGAAGAACCUUCCGGACCUCGUCCUCGUCCGUCUGAACUCAUGAAUGUACGACGGCGCGGCGGCGGCGUUGAGGCGUCUGACGUCACGGUUCUUCUUCUGGUCUUAUUUGUAGGCAGCUUUCAGAGAGCUCGGGUGCAGCGGUCUCUCUAAAUUGCACUAAUUGGAUGUCUCCGCCCCCCGGAGGCUUUUAUUUUGAAGGCCAGACCUCGCGUGGGGCUUUUAUUUUGAAGGCCAGGCCUCCCGAGGUCUGGCUUCCUGAGCACUGACCGUCCAGUCCUCCUUCCAGCUCCGACCGGUCCGAACCGGAACCUCCUCCAACCGUCUUCCUCCAUCCUCGUCUUCCCUCCGCGUUGGCCCCGCCCACUUCCGUGAUGUCACAGGCUCUUAUUCUGAAAAGUCGUGUUUUUCUCGUCGUCGAACCUCCAACCGCGUCGUCGUCGUUCAGACUCGUUACCGCAGCAGCCUUCAGCUUUUCUUCCCAACCGACACUUUUACACACUUUUAUAAAUCCUUCCAGUUGCUGUCGAGAUUAAACCAGGAAACAGGAAACCAGAAACCA